CUUGCUCCUUCCCUUACCCCACAUUCUCUCCCUCAAACGACUGCGCGAUGGGCCACUACAUCCCCGAGCGCCGCCUGCCGGCGCUGCACGCGUACAAGUACGCCGGACAGGACGACUCGCCCGUGUCGAAAUACGUGCUGGGCCCGUGGUGGAACUGGCUGGUGGAGCAGUUCCCGCUCACCGUGGCGCCCAACACCAUCACGCUCUCCGGCCUCGGGCUGGUGUUCAUCAACUUCCUCACGCUGCUCGUGCUCGACGGCACGCUGGAGCACGGCACGGCCGCCAGCCUCGACCCUGCGCGUCGCGUGCUGAGCCUCAAUGCCUCGCACGAUGCCUGGGCGCCCGUGUCGUUCUUCGAGCACCACGGCUUCCCGGCCAGCAUGCGCGAGCACCGCUUCCUCGACGUGCCGCGCAUCCCGCCGUGGAUCUUCAUGACCUGGGCUGUCGGCCUCUUCAUGUACCAGUCUCUCGACGCCAUCGACGGCAAGCAGGCACGCCGCACUGGCAUGGCGGGCCCGCUCGGCGAGAUGUUCGACCACGGCUGCGACGCCAUCAACACGACGCUCGAGUGCCUGCUCUGCUGUGCCGCUCUCAACGUCGGCCGUUCCUACUGGGCCAUCGCCUCUCUCAUCGCCACGCUGUCCAACUUCUACCUGACCACGUGGGAGGAGUACCACACGGGCAUUCUCUACCUCUCCGCCUUCUCCGGGCCCGUCGAGGGCAUCCUGAUGAUCUGCGGCAUCUACGCUAUCACCGCGCUCGUCCCCGGCGGCGCCAGCUUCUGGGGCCGAGGCAUCUUCAGCCUCACGGGGCUUGAGAGCUCGGACUGGGCCGCGAGCCUCGGCCUCGCAAAGUGGAACAUCAAGGCCAACGAGGCGUUCCUGACCUUUGGCGCGCUUGGCCUCUGCGCCAACAUCGUCGCCUCGUACGGCAACGUGCGCCAUGCGCGCCGCUCGCGCGGACAGUCGGCCGUGACGCCGCUCCUUGGCCUGCUGCCGCUGGUGCUGCAGCAAGUGACCAUGACGGUGUGGGCACUGGGCAACGACGGCCAGAUCCUGCGCGACGGCGCCACGUUCGUGGCGUUCUGCUGUGCCUGGGGCAUCGCGUUUGCAUACAGCGUCGGCCUGCUGAUCGUGGCGCACGUCACCAAGGCGCCAUUCCCGUACUGGAACGGCGCGACGCUGUAUGCGCUGCUGGGUGCGAUCGAUGCUUGGCUGCCCAACUCCAUCGUGCAGUCCUCGCCGACCAACGUGCGCUUUGCAGUGUACUCCUCGCUGGCAUUGAGCGUCGCCAUCUAUCUGCACUUCUGCCACGACGUCAUCACGACGAUCACAAAGGAGACGGGCAAGCCGUGCUUCCGCGUCGUGCCGCCGGAGAAGCAGAAGCCGCAGAACAAGGGCAAGGGCAAGAAGGCGUGAGCCGGGCGAGGCGAGCGAGAAGCUUUGCCUGCGAGCGCAUGAAGAAGGAAAAGGAAGGGGGCAUGGGAGGGCGCAUAGGCUGGCGCAGCGAGUCGGUGCAGAGACGCGCGCGCUGCGGCCACGCGAAGGAAGCUCAGAGUAGUCGCAAUGCUAGACGAUGCUUAGAUCAGAUCGACACUGCUGGACGAUUGGCGCGACGAAGCAUCGACAUCGACGUGCGUCACACGUCCCGCUGAGGGUU